AUGCUAGUGCAUAUGCUCCAGCGCGCUCAUAAAGCUCUCUCGUGCGUUCUCUCACGCACUCUCACGCACUAUCUCAUGCACUCUCUCACGCACUCUCUCACGCACUCUCUCACGCACUCUCUCACGCACUCUCUCACGCACUCUCUCACGCACUCUCUCACGCACUCUCUCACGCACUCUCUCACGCACUCCCUCACGCAGUCUCUCAUGCGGUCUCUCACGCACUCUCUCUCGCACUCUCUCACGCACUCUCUCACGCACUCUCUCACGCACUCUCUCACGCACUCUCUCACGCACUCUCUCACGCACUCUCUCACGCACUCUCUCACGCACUCUCUCACGCACUCUCACGCGCUCUCUCACGCACUCUCUCACGCACUCUCACGCACUCUCUCACGCGCUCUCUCACCCACUCUCUCACCCAAUCUCUCACGCGCUCUCUCACCUGCUCUUUCAGGGCUCUCUCACGUGCUCCCACACGCUCUCACGCGCUCCCUCACUCGCUCUCUCACACUUUCUCUCACACGCUCCCUCACGUGCUCUCUCACACCCUCUCUCACGUGCGCUCUCACGCACGCUUUCACGCUUCUCUCACUCACUCUCUCACGCGCUCUCUCCACGCUCUCUCGCGCGCUCUCGCACGCGCACUCUCACGCGCUCUCUCACGCGUUCUCUCACGCUCUCUCUCACGCGCUCUCUCACGCACGCUUUCACGCACGCUUUAACGCAUCUCUCACGCACUCUCUCAUGCGCCCUCUCACGCGCUCUAUCACACGCACUCUCACGCGCACUCUCACGCGCUCUCUCACGCGCUCUCUCACGCGCUCUCUCACUUGCUCUCUCACGCGCCCUCUCAUGCUCUUUCUCAUGCUCUCUCUCACGCGCUCCCUCUCGCGCUCCCUCACGCGAACUCUCAUGCGCUCUCACGCACUCUCUCACGCUCUCUCUCACGCGCUCUCUCACGCACUCUCACGCGCUCUAUCACGCACUCUCUCACGCGCUCUCGCACGCGCUCCCUCACGCGCUCUCUCACGCGCUCUCUCACGCGCCCUCUCAUGCUCUUUCUCAUGCUCUCUCUCACGCGCUCCCUCUCGCGCUACCUCACGCGAACUCUCAUCCGCUCUCACACACUCUCUCACGCUCUCUCUCACGCGCUCCCUCACGCACUCUCACGCGCUCUCUCACGCACUCUCUCACGCGCUCUCGGACGCGCUCCCUCACGCACUCUCUCACGCGCUCUCUCACGCGCUCCCUCACGUGCUCUCUCACGCGCUCUCUCAUGCGCCCUCUCACGCGCACUCUCAUGCACUCUCUCACGCGUCUCACGCACUCUCUCAUGCGCCCUCUCACGCGCUCUAUCACACGCACUCUCACGCGCUCUCACACGCGCUCUCUCACGCGCUCUCUCACGCGCUCUCUCACGCGCUCUCUCACGCGCCCUCUCAUGCUCUUUCUCAUGCUCUCUCUCACAUGCUCCCUCUCGCGCUCCCUCACGCAAACUCUCAUGCGCUCUCACACACUCUCUCACGCUCUCUCUCACACGCUCUCUCACGCACUCUCACGCGCUCUCUCACACACUCUCUCACGCGCUCUCGCACGCGCCCCCUCACGCGCUCUCUCACGCGCCCUCUCAUGCUCUUUCUCAUGCUCUCUCCCACGCGCUCCCUCUCGCGCUCCCUCACGCGAACUCUCAUGCGCUCUCACACACUCUCUCACGCUCUCUCUCACGCGCUCUCUCAUGCACUCUCACGCGCUCUCUCACGCACUCUCUCAUGCGCUCUCGCACGCGCUCCCUCACGCGCUCUCUCACGCGCUCUCUCAUGCGCUCUCUCACGCGCUCUCUUACGCGCUCUCUCACGGGCUCUCUCACGCGCUCUCUCACGCGCUCUCUCACGCGCUCUCCCACGUGCUCCCUCAUGUGCUCUCUCUCACGCACUCUCUCACGCGCUCUCUCAUGUGCUCUCUCACGCGCACUCUCAUGCACUCUCUCACGCGUCUCACGCACUCUCUCAUGCGCCCUCUCACGCGCCCUCUCACGCGCACUCUCACGCGCUCUCACACGCGCUCUCUCACGCGCUCUCUCACGCGCUCUCUCACGCGCUCUCUCACGCGCCCUCUCAUGCUCUUUCUCAUGCUCUCUCUCACGCGCUCCCUCUCGCGCUCCCUCAUGCGAACUCUCAUGCGCUCUCACGCACUCUCUCACGCUCUCUCUCACGCGCUCUCUCACGCACUCUCACGCGCUCUCUCACGCACUCUCUCACGCGCUCUCGUACGCGCUCCCUUACGCGCUCUCUCACGCGCUCCCUCACGCGCUCUCUCACACGCUCUCUCACGCGCCCUCUCAUGCUCUUUCUCAUGCUCUCUCUCACGCGCUCCCUCUCGCGCUCCCUCACGCGAACUCUCAUGCGCUCUCACACACUCUCUCAUGCUCUCUCUCACGCGCUCUCUCACGCACUCUCACGCGCUCUCUCACGCACUCUCUCACGCGCUCUUGCACGAGCACAGCAAGCACCUGGCACUCCACUGCGCGGCCAGUGA